AUGCAAAUGAGACAGAAACCUCAUACAAAUCAAAUUCAAGAGCACUAGAUACAGUUUUAAGAUAAUCCCAAUAAUGAAAUUUAAGUUGAGUCCAAUGAGAACCAGCCAUUGAUUGAUAAAGGUUAAUCUUAAUUUGAUCCUCUGGAGUACAGAUAUCCAUCAUUACAUACCCCAGCUUCAGUCUACCAAAAAUGGGAGAGGCAUUAGAAUGACUAAGGAUAAGUUUUGAUAAACGAUUCAAGCAUUGAUAUCUCGAUUGCUUCAAUGAACAUCAAUGAACAACAAGACAAAAGUACAAGUGAUGUCAAAAUUCUGACUAAAGAGGAUAUACUUCGCAGAGAACUUGAUUAGCAUCAUGAAAAGAUGAGAAAACAGGCUGAAGAAUUGAGAAAUGUAAUCCAGCCUAGGACUGUAGGUGUUACUGUAGUGGCGCAACAGGAUGUUGAGACUACUGAAUCUCUUUCAGACUUCUCAUAAAUGGCUACUAAUUAUUUGCAUAAAGUAUCACCAAAUGAUACUCUGGAGAGAAUAUGCUUAAUAUAUAACAAGAGCAAGAACGCUAUUAGAAAGGCUAAUGAUUUUAUGGGAGAUGAGAUUUACUUCUUUAAGGAACUAAUUAUUCCAGAUUGUGAGGGCCCACUCUACGAAAAUGAAGCUCCUAAAUAUACUGAAGAGCAGAGAAGAAAAGAGUAAAUAUCUAAAUACAACUUCUUAAAUAUAUAUAGCUGUUUGGAGAUUAUGAGUAGAACACUGAUGGAUAAGUACAGGGAUUAGAAAUCUUAUAAGGCUGAGGCCUAGUACUAUUUGGACUUAACCAACUAUGACCUAAGAAAAGCUUUUGAUGAAUUUGAUGCUGAUUUGAAAUUUGAGUAGCAGCAGAGAAAACUCAACAAGAAAAAGAAAGGAGGGUUCUUCGGCUUGUUUAAGAAAAAUAGAUGA